UGUUAGCUCCUUAGCAAAAUAAACAGUCGGGGGAAGUGUUAGGGCGGCUUGGUUGUGAUCAGAGUUGCUCUUCGUCGCCUGACAGUUAAACUCUGAACCAUGUGGUAUGAAAUCCUGCCCGGCUUCGCCAUCAUGACCGUGUGUCUGAUCAUUCCCGGCGUCGCCACCGCGCAGAUCCACAAGUUCACCAACAACGGAAAGGAGAAGAGGAUCGCCCGGGUCCCGUGGCACUGGUACCUGAUGCAGAGAGACAAGCGGAUCUCAGGAACAGGACGGCACUUUGACUCCAAGGGACUUGAGAACAUCCACUGAUGACGAGGACAGAAGAGAAGAAGAAAGUUCUUUGUUGUACAUUAAAAGAUGAUAUUUAA